GACGUGGGACGAGCGGGAGCCACAGCGGGAGCGGCGCCGGGAGAAGCGGGAAUCCCAUCGGACUGGGGGAAUUUGAGCCUCCUUUUGGGAAUUUUUUUCCCUUUUCUUUCCCCCCCCUCUCCCUUCUGAAUCCCAGUCUUCGCGAUGCAUCGUGACUCGUGUCCACUGGACUGUAAGGUCUAUGUAGGGAACCUUGGGAACAAUGGGAACAAAACUGAAUUGGAAAGAGCUUUUGGAUAUUAUGGGCCUCUGCGCAGUGUAUGGGUUGCUAGAAACCCCCCCGGCUUUGCUUUUGUUGAGUUUGAGGACCCACGAGAUGCAGCGGAUGCUGUGAGAGAACUAGAUGGAAGGACAUUAUGUGGGUGUCGCGUCCGAGUGGAACUCUCAAAUGGUGAAAAAAGAAGUCGCAAUCGAGGCCCACCGCCUUCUUGGGGUCGACGUCCUCGAGAUGACUACCGCCGGAGAAGUCCUCCGCCUCGCCGCAGAUCACCACGAAGGAGAAGCUUCUCUCGCAGCCGCAGCAGGUCCCUUUCUAGAGACAGGAGAAGAGAAAGAUCACUGUCCCGGGAGAGAAAUCACAAGCCUUCCCGGUCCUUUUCCAGGUCUCGUAGUCGCUCUAGGUCAAAUGAAAGGAAAUAGAGCAUCAGCCUUCAAGAGGAAUGGUGUACAGGAAUAUGUACAGCACAAUACAAGUUUUCUUUGAGACUUCAUAAGCUUGGUGCAUUUUUAAAAUGUUUUAGCUGUUGAACUUUGUUUAUUGUAUCUUGUAACGGUGACACAUGUAAAGAUGUGAAUCUGUAUGGUUUUGAACAGAAGUGAGAUUUAAUACCAAGAAUUUGUUACUUUACAAUGUUCCCUUAAGCAAAUUUGCAUUGAAUGAUAUUCAGUUUGUCUUGCACAGACUUGCAAAUAAACCAUUAAAACCUUGCAGUGGCCAAAAUGUGUUUAAUCUCAAUGUCUUGAAAAUGAUUCUGUGACCAAAAUUAGACAACUUUGGAGAGCAGCCUGCAUGUUUCCAUGCAUGCGAUCAGAUGACGCAUAUCCAAACUGCAGUUUAUCCCAUUUAAUGUUCCAGUGCUGGUCUUGAGGACCGUUAUUUUGACUAAAUUUUGAGCCUAACUGAAUUUCACUUUGGGAGAGAGACGGGGAGAACCUUGAAGAUUUUCAAUUUCCCUGUUUUGGGGAAAAAAAAACCUUUGAGCAUGCAGUCUUGUAAAAAUUAGUAUCUGGGGCGAGUACUCUAGCCCCUUUCCACCAUGCAUUAUUAACUGCACUCCAGUUUAAGGGUACAUUGUAGAGGUGAAACAUUGAUUUACUGUGCAAAACUUUCCUUGUUGUCAUUUGUAUCAUGUUUUGUGAGACCUUGGGAUUAAAAUUUUGGUUACAACUUG